GCAAUUUUUCCAAAGCGAAUUUCGAAACAUUCCAUUUCACUUUUUCACUAAUGGUGGACUUGUUGUGCAGCUGGUGUCGCGCGGAGCGCUGGCUGUAUAAAUGCUCGACGUGCGACCCGCGCAAGGAGAAGACGCUCUGCUCUAAGUGCUCCAUGUUGUGGCAUUCGCGUGGCUUCGGACGCAGCCACCAGCUCACGAGCAGCUACGGAGAGACCCGCUCUUUUCUCGCCUGGGGGUCUCCGCGGCCGAAUGGCGUAGCCAAUAACAUUAGCAGUGCUUCAGCAGAGACGAAACUUGAUGAGAAUAGAGAUGGCGUUAUCGCUAAUGGAGAUCGAGCUCAAAAAGUGAUUGCUAAUGAUGUGGAAGAUACAAAGCCAGCAGCUACGAAGCCGGAAGAGACGAGGCCGGAGGGUGCAGCUACCACUACCGAAAAGGAGGAAUCAAGGCAAGACAGAGAAGAAAAGGGAAACACAAGUGUGGAAGAGAACUACGAGUUUGAAGUGAUGGGCGAGUCAGUGAGCAGUGGAGAAGACACAGACAUGACGAGCGUUGAACAGGACGGCAAACUGGAAGAGACAAAAGACUCAUCUGCGGAAGAAACACCAGUGACGACGGCAAAUUCUGCAUCAGCGCUAGUUCCAACGACGGAGAAUGCAGCUCCGAGAGUGGAUAAUCAAUCAAUACUGAGUGUAGACGAAGAAAAGAAGAAGUCACUGUCUUCAUCGCAAGCUUCAACUCCUCCAGCUUCUACUUCAACGUCGAAUACGUCAAAUCCCGCAGCGGAAGCUUCGUCUGUGUCCUCAACUGCACCACCAGCGUCAGCCCAUGCUCCGAGUUCUGCUCGCGCUGCGCCUUCAACUGCCGUAUCUUCUGUAUCUGGUUCAGCUCUAACGCCAGCUCCACCUUCAUCAGCCUCAGCUAUCAAUCAGCCGACUACUGCUGCUGCUACACAGUCACGUACGUGGCCAACUCCCCAGUCCAAACGUGUAGAUCUGGAAAAACUGCUGCGGUGGUUUCCUACAACUGAUCACGUGCUGGUGGAAAUGUUGGCAACUCGAAUCGAAGCUACUCUUGCCAUCGAGGAUGCACUCAUAUGCGCAAGAAUCGGGAAAUGCGAAGAACAAACGUGUCGAUCUAUUCUCCUACACUACGAGCAUUGCAAACGCGAUGAAAUCUGUAGCGACCCGAAGUGCACAGAGAUAUCGAUCAUCUACCGACAUCGACGUGCUUGUUCAGCAAAGGACACUGCGCCUACGAGUGAUGGUAAAAUGUCUGUAUGUCCGUUUUGUAUUCGUAUUCGGCAAAGACGGACACUGGGCGUAUGUGCAGCGUUUGAUCAUCUAAUUAAUGACCAACGCCGCGCAAUGCAAGGUGCGCACAGUGAAGCAGCCCGAAACUUCUGCUUGCAGAGUAUUAACAGGUGGACCGAGCGCAAGCAGCCCCUUCGCGCGGAAAGCGACCGACUCAAUCAACUGGCCAGAGAAAGCAGCGCUCCGAUUUUUAAUUUCCCCAGAUACAAGUGGCAUUUCAGUGAUAACGUGUUUAUCAAGCGAGAACCAACACCUCUGGAAGAGAACGAAGGCGCUACAAGUGAGCAAUCUGCAGCGGUCCCAUCAGCAAAUGGCAGCAAUGUAACUCGAGUGGCUGAGCAAUUUUCCGAGACUCACACUAACAGUGACAACAGCCAUACACCAGAUGAGAGAAACACACAGAAGUCACAGGAUAGGCUAGAAGACAGCAUCCCUGGGACCGCCAACUUCAACGCGGAUUUCAUUAAUCAACUUUUACGAGCCAAGUUAGAGAGAGAAAAAACAGAGAUGGCACAGCGGGAGUUUGAUGGAGUUAUGCAGCUCGGUUAUGCCAUUGUGGACGCGUCAUUUUGUGCACCUUCCAAAGCACAGCGGUGUUUACUGAAUUGCAAGUCCAUUCUUGAUCACUUGCAGCAUCACUUGGAUCUACAAGUGUGCAAUAAGCCAAUGUGUGGAGCUGUGGAGCACCAUUUUGCGCAUUUGUCGGAGUGCAAAGCCCGUGACGAAAGUGAAUCUUGCGAAUACUGCUUGAGAAUGGAAGAGCGUCGGUUGAUCCGCGCCGUCGAUUUCAUGGAGGUGGAGCAACCCGAAGCAGAAGCAAAAGUUCAGAAGAUCAUUAACGAGAUCACAGCUUCCUUCACAAACCAUCGUCCUGAUGAACGCGAGCAGGAGAUGAUCCAGCUGGAGGAUGAAUUAGAUCAAGCGGAGAGUAACAAGCAAGAACUGCUGGAGAAGCUCGGGGCUAGACGGAAUGAACUCCGACAAGUGCGCAGAAGCAUGGAGAGUCGUGGCAUCUCUGCAUCAAACAGCCGUCAACUCCCAGUGCACUUCACUAAAACUCGGCGCUCUGAAGGAUCAGGAGGCAACAAAAAGCGGCGUCUCGCAGACGCAGGAUCAAGUAGCUAAUGGUGGUAGAAGGAACACUCAAUGUCAGAUUAACGUUAUCCCCACGCUAUGCAUCGACAUGGCCUGGAAAGCAUCGUCUUUCGCUGGGGUAACUUCAGUUGCAGCUAUCGGAAUGGUAGAGAUUAGAAGCUGUUGCAGCACCAGCUGGACUGGUUUGCAUUGCCUCCGUUGGCAGCACUUGUUGGACGGAAGGUGUCGUUGCGCUUCUUGGCUUCUGACUUCCGCUCGAAAAUGUCCUUGUGUUGGAGAAUGCCCGUCACCAGCGCCUUGGCGGCGUCGUCGAUGUGAAUGUUUUCCUUAGCUGAAGUGUCGAACCAGCCCGUAAAGUUGUUCGUAUUGCAGAACUCGUCCAAAAACUCCCGAUCAACAUAUUCCUUCAGGUCGCACUAUAAAGCAAACUAUUGUCAAUAACUCCAUUCUUUGGUCUUGCUCUCAU